AUGCUUCGCGUUGGGCACAUGCUCAGGGGUGCACGAGCAACUUAUGAGCUGCAGCAAGCAAUAAAAGGAUCCACCGUUUUCAAAGCUCGGAUCGUAAACCCGAUUUCCCUCGAUGAGAAAUGGGCUAUCGUCAAAACAUGCUCAACAGUAGGGGAACAACGCUCACUCGUUCGGGAAUAUCAGAACUAUCAAAUUCCCGAUAUCGCCGCGAGCCCUUACGUCCGCCAGAUGCACGAAGCAAUUGGAUCAUUUGACGAUCCGGGCAGCAACUCGAAAAUCUCAGCUGAAAAUCAACCCUGCCUAGUUUUCGAGUGGCUGGAUCACUGUUUAUGGAAUGUCAAGUCGGACAAGUUCCGCAGCGAUCCAGCACUGAUUCCCAAGCUCGUUGCUCGUUCUGUUCUAUCGGCUCUUGCUACCUUUGAACGAUUAGGCAAAGUGCACACAGAUAUCAAUCCCAACAACAUAUUGCUCUCAAGCACCGUCACAUCAGGAGAUCUAAUCAAAAUUUGUGAUCUUGGAGACGGGCAAGUGAUGGACGAAGGAUACACGAAACACCGCCUCCAGUCUUUGCCUUGCCGUGCCCCUGAAGUCUGGAAAGGGCAGGGUGUUUCUCAUGCGUCCGAGGUAUGGUCUGUUGGGGUCACGCUGGCCCAUUGGCUCCUAGGGCGAGCGAUUUUCGGAGCAGAUGACAAAAUAAUCGAGGGACAUACAGAGGCGUGGUGCAUCGCAAAGAUCCAGCGCCUCGUAGGGCAAUUUGAUGUCUACACAGGUCAGGAGAAGAUAGAGGAGGAGUUUGACGUGGCGGCCAGCCUUUUGGACAUGGAACUGGAUGAGACCCACGGUAAUCUACAGGGAAAACUGAUCAAUGCAGGUUCUCUGCGUCAAGAACUAGAGAGAAUCGAGAAUCCACCCAUCGCCCCGGACCUCGUUGACUUUAUAGAGUCUCUUCUCAUUUUGGACGAGACAAAGCGGCCUACGGCAGAAGAGGCGUUGCGACACUCUUUCCUAGCCUAA